CAAUGGUUUAGAACAAUAGCGAUUAGUUUAUAGUUAUCGCGAAACUAAAAAACAUUUUGGUAAACGAACGCGAGCACAGUAUAGGAAAGCACUUACACGUACGCGGCUGCAUAAUGUUAAAAAAAUAUAACAUUCUGUUAUGUUAUUUUUUAUUUCAAGUGUGUUAUUGUGACUGGGUAUCAGAAUGGUUGACGCCAAUCCGCGAUCAAUAUAAAGAAUCAGGAAGAAGAAUGAACAAAAUAGACAUAAAAAUGUUGGAUGGGGAUAAACUAAAAUUGUUCUCAGGCAGUCCAGAAGUUUUAGAAAUACCACGGAACAAUUUGCUACUCCAAACUACGUCUAACAUGACUCCAGUGAACGUAUUGCAGACACAAAACCUCAGGGUAACAUUGGAAACAAUUUUAGGCAACGCUAAGAAAUUAGCGGACAGCUUGAAGGCGCAAAUAUCAAUAGUGCAAGAAAAGGAGGAGAGAUUAAAGGAUACUAUCGUCAAUGGGAGAUUUGGAAUAACCACACUGACCGUUUCGACGCUUAGGAAGCUACCGAAGAACUAUAUAAUUCGCGACGGCUACUGGACCCUCUGCAAUGGUAUUUUGCAGCACCCGACAACACAGGAAGUCACCGCAGCGGCAUUCAGCGAUCUAUACGCUGUUCCUAGGUGCAUAGGACAAGAGGUAACAUCGAAGCCAGAUCCUUGUGUAUUCAAUUCUGUAAUCAAAUAUGACACAAUACCGUCUCAAAAGAGACCGGAGUAUUCUGAAGACGAGUAUCUCUGCCUCAAGCCGACGUUCAAUACUACUUUAGAACAGUACUUCAGUGUAACAAAACAUAUCGUCAAUCAAACUUGUAAAAGUGGUGUCAUAAGGAGCAUGGCGGAUAAUGUGCUGGAGUGUGGGGUCCGAGUGUUGUCGGAUUACACGUAUUAUCCGAACAAAGAGGUGACUUCGUAUCUACCGCUGGAGUACUGCGAAGGAACCCAGGGCUCCUGUAAUCUCAUCGUCGCUUGGCAUCUCUCGAAUUCGAGCGUUGAAAAUUUCGAAUUUAUAAAAGAUGACCUAAACUUUAAGAAUUAUUUCAUGAAAUCAGCUACAUUCUUAAAUAAUGCGUUAUAUUAAUUAUCGAAAAGAUUUUACUUAAGUGUAAUUAAAUUUAAAACUAGUAUUAUAUUAAAAAAGAAAGAAAAUAUAUUAUCGUAAAACAAAACAAACCCUAAUAAGGGACAAAUAGUGGUUCGAAAUUUCAAUACACCUACUGAGCACUAGUUGCGGAAUAAAAAUCUAAACCAGGGAUUCCCAAAGUGGUCGAUAUCGGUUUCCUAGGGGUCGACAUAAACGAAAACUGAUUUUGGGGGUCGACGAGGUC